UCACUUUCUCUCUGCUCUCUACUCUCCUCUGUUUGCUCUGCUCACUCUCUUCAGGGGGGGGGGAGUGGGGCAGUCUCUCUUUUCUCUCUUUUUGUCUCUUCUCUCGAUUUUUAGCUUAUUCUCUCCCCUGGGUCUGCUGCUGGCACAGUCUUCCUCCUCUUCCUCCUCUUCCUCCUCGUUUGCACGCUCAAGCAUCCUCUGCUAUGCUGCUGCACUUAGGGAAAACUUUACUCGUGGACUCACUCCUUGUUUAGUUAGUUUUUAAGGGAAGGGAAGGAAGGAAGGAAGGAAGGAAGGAAGGAAGAACAGAGAAGUACACACACACACACACAUAUAUAUUUAUAUAUAUAUACAUACACAUAUAUACUUAGUCUAUUUUUGUGGGUAGGGUGGAGUAGUGUGUUCGAGGGGAUGUUGAUGUAGUUUUUACCACAUAGUUUGAUGGAUGUUGGGUAUGGUGGCUACACAAGCACGCACCCUUAAGAAGAAAAGGGUUACAUCCUGCUCUCGUUUGAAGCGGGGCUGAAGUGGUUUUGAGAGGUGGGGGAGCAGUGAGGAGGAGGAGGAGGAGGGGGUUUGAGGCAUGGGCAUAGUGAUUGCUCUGCUGAGGCGGCGUUUGGAGGGUUAAUAGUUUGAGGAAUGGUGUCUGGAAGCGACGGAGUGAUAGUGGGUAUUUUUAUUUUUUUGUUUUUGUGAGGACAUGAGGAGUAGCGCUUAGUAAUCACUGCAGGGGAGUUUGGGUUGCUUAUCGCUUGUCGUUUCGAAAGUGCUCUCAAAAUGGUGGUGGAUUUGGGUAUAUUCUUGGCGGUUUGGAAUACGAGAGCUCAGGGUUGGUGUCGUCUGUGUGCUCCAUUUGCGCGGAGGGAGAGCGUGGUUUGCUUUAGGGUUUGGUUAGCUCUGACCUUUGCCAUUUAAAGCUGUAGUGUGGUAGGUUUCGGAGCUGAAGUAGUCGUUGAUGCGAUUUGUUGAUUCUUUAAGGUAGAGAAUAUAGAGGAUUUGCCAGAAACAGGGUAGCAUACUAUGGAGGGCCUAGGUGAAGGUUACGAGGCGUUUGUGGAGCGGUUGCAAUCAGCUGCUAACACUGCUGCCAAGGUUUCUGGGAAUAGUUCUACGAGCAAUUCUGCGGGGCAUCCCCCGCAUCCUACACAGUCUCAGGUACAUCAGUCGCGAUAUGUUGGUUAUCCAUCCACCUCUCACCCGUUCACUGUCAAGAGGGAGACGUCUCCUGCUCUGUCUGAGAGUUCAAUGAGGUCGAGAGAGUCAUUAGAGGUGUCCAUGCAGGAUGCAGUGAACUCUCCAGUCCCGCCUGGUUUCUUGAGCUCUGGACAGCCCCCGCGGAUACCCAGUCCUGCUCACAACUACAGUAAGGAUGUGAAUCAGAUGCCGGAUUCCCCUCCAAGACGAAGAGGUCAUCGUCGUGCUCAGUCUGAGAUUGCUCUCCGCUUGCCGGAUGAAGCUUCCUUCGAGCGUGAAAUGCAUGGCUCUGAAAUGCCGGCACUUUCAGACGAGGGCGGGGAGGAUCUUGUCUCCAUGUAUAUAGAUAUGGAGCAGAUCAACAACUUCACCGCUACCUCAGGUCAGGCGGGUGCCAAGUCUGCUGGUGAGGAAAGCAAUGGGCUUCCCCCAACUUCUUCUCAUCACUCUAGAAGUUUAUCCAUGGAUGCUCUCGCUGGCUUCAAUAGCAGUAGAGCUGAACUUGGUGGCAACUAUGGAUCCUCCGAAGUUCCUCGACGUCCGCGACAUCAGCAUAGUAGCUCACUGGAUGGCUCUACUUCUGUCGAUAUCGAGGGUUUAGACAGCAAGAAGGCCAUGGCUUCUGCGAAGUUAUCCGAGAUAGCUUUAAUUGACCCCAAGCGUGCGAAAAGGAUAUUGGCCAAUCGGCAAUCAGCGGCUCGUUCCAAGGAACGUAAGAUGCGAUACAUCUCAGAACUUGAACGCAAAGUGCAGUCUCUGCAGACAGAAGCCACGACCCUUUCUGCUCAACUCACCCUGCUGCAGAAAGAUACAACAAGUCUUACUACAGAAAAUAGCGAGCUGAAGUUGCGGUUGCAGGCAAUGGAACAACAAGCUCAGCUACGUGAUGCUCUGCAUGAAGCACUACGAGAUGAAGUGCAACGUUUGAGAGUUGCCACUGGACAGCUCAGUAAUGGUUCUGGCCAGAAUUCGAGUCUUGGGGGUCAGCAUGUCUUUCAGAUGCAGAAUCAGUCAUUGAAUGCGCAACACAUUCAGCAUCUCCAACAGACAGCACUUAAUAACCAGCAACAGAUGCAUACUGAAUACAUGCAGCGUGGCGGAUAUGGUCUUUCAUCCGGGUUUAUGAAGGCUGAAGGAUCAGGCAUUGCAAUCAAUCAUGGCAGUAGUUCCUCUUUUGGUUGAUCUGUGUUCAUCUGUCACCAGUCUGCUUCUUGUAAGGUCUAGCGAAGGGCUGCAGCUACCUCGUCAUUCAUGGUGCUCAACCGCCUUUCAGUGUGUCAUUUGGAUUCACCAAAUAUAUCGACCUGAGUAGGACCUAGACAUUAUGGUUUCGUUUGCUAUAAUCAUUGUUGUAGAGAACAUCAGUCAGUACUUGGCACAACCAUCCUUUUGAGUUUUCGGGUCUCUUGCUUUAAUAUUUUCAUGGUUCUAGUCGAAAUUCAAAUUAUUCGUUCUUUGCUGUCUAUCACAGCCUUCUAUCCCAAGGACUGAAGAUCGUUUGGGAAUGUUUUAGAAGGGCCAAGUUUUUUAUUUAGAGAAGCUUGGGCUACGAUGGGGUGGUCAACUGCAGGCAGGAGUUCUCGGCUGCGUUUGUGCCUGUUUUUUUCUGAGUCAUCGAGAUGGCUGUUGCGGCUGGAAUUAUUUUAUUACGAUAGUCCGGGAUCAUUCGGUGAAAUCCUGAUGUGUAGGGGAAGUUUCUAUUUUUCUUUUCUUUUCUUUUCUUUGUCUUUUUUUUUCAGGCCAUAUUAAGUUUCUCGCUUCUCACUGAAGUGUUGAGGGUCUUUAAUAUUAGAGAAUGGGUAGGUUUAGAUGCCAUUAUUUACUCAUAAUUUUGUACACAGAUGUGCAAAAUGUACCCUGCCUCAACAUCAAUUUUAGGAACUAUAGUAGUGGACAUCUGCGGUGCCCACUUCAUUGUUUAUCAGAAGGCAGAGUUUUGUCUAUUAAUUUUGUGCAGAUUUUUUUUCUACAAGUCUUAUUUCGGGCUUUGUGGCACUCAUUUCAUGUAUAUAUUGGACACGCAUGGCCGAA